GAAAAGCAAGCGGCGCACCAGAGACAUUUCGGUGUUCGCGGCGCUUCGUCAUCCUGCCUUUUCCGCUUUUCCGAAAAGCGAAACGAAAAUGCGUGCCAACUGCAUGAAAAGGAAAACUUGGUCAGUUGAGUGCUCAGUUCGGGUCGGGUUUGCAAUUCAACAGCACUGCGAAAUCGGAGAAAAUCGUUCGCUCCGCCAAAGAGUCACCAGUUUCAGUCUCUGUUUCAGUCUCCAACAGGGCAAAACACAAUAAGCCAGCGUAGUAAUAUCGACUUCACCUCUCCAUACCACAUAUAUAUAUAUAUAUUUAUAUAUAUAUAUGCUAUAGCAUACACCUAUAUAUUAUUCGUAGCGUAUAAAGCCACAGCCCACAGCCAGCGGCAAUUGCACAUAAGUUGCAACAAGCAAAGUAACGAAACAAACAAAAACAAAAAAACCAAAAAAAAGGAAAAAAAUAGGAAAACCCACAAAAAACACAACAUUGUAGCGGGGUGAAAGGCGUUGCCAGAUUGUUGGAUUACAGCAAAAGCAACAACUACUAGUAACUAAAGCAACAAAAAAGCAACAAAGCCAACAAAAACAGCAACAACGUCGCCGCCACAAUAGCCUAAAGGGCCAAAUGAACGUUAGCUAGUCCGUCUGCCGUCCAUCAGGUGGCGCUGCGAGCUGAGAGCUGCAAAACAACAACAACACCGACGACAAGAACGACAUUUCGUGCUGCUGGUGCUGCUGCUGGAAAUCCUGUCGCUAAUUAGUUGGCACUUGGCGGGCUCGCUUAUGCAGAUACGAAGCGCCAAAGGAUUCAAUUGAACUGGCUGUGGAGUUAAAUUUGUUGUCCUAUCAUGGGCUGCGUCUUUGAAGCGGCCAAAGAGCAGCCCCAGAAACCGAGAAGCAAGCAACCUAGUCGGCAUCCAUGCCGUGGCAGCCGAGGAGGAGCCAAAGCCGCUGGCAGAGCAAACAACCAAACAGCUGAGGACAUCGAAAUCAAGGAUAACUAUCAACAAAAUCGUAAAACGCAAACCGAAAUACAAACCCAAACCGAAGCCGAAGCUGAAACAGAAACUGUGCCCAAACAUCUAAAAGCGACAGCUCAAGUGCUUUUAACGGUACCACAACAACAGAAACACAAGCAGAAUCAGAAACAUCCUAGCCCAGAGAAGAGGCACUGUGAAGUGGCACAAACGCACAAGGACGAAGGAGGCGAGAACGCGUUGGCGACACACGGAGCCAUUGUCGAUAGGGCCAGAAUCGAAAUCGAUAUUGCGGCAACAACGAGGCAAGCAAGUUGCGAGAUCAAAGGGCGGGAUGAGCAGCGGCAGCAGCAGCACUUUAACCGCCGAAGGAGACGUCAUCCGGCGACGAAUCCGGCGGAUAAGGCCACCAACCAAACGAACCCAAAUCCCUCGCUCUCCCUGCAUUUCCAAGCCCUCUCCGCCCUAGCGAAAAAGAUGCAGCAGCACCAGAAGCAGGACGAGGUCCGAGGGCAGGAGCAGCUCCAUCAGCAGGAUCAUCAACUAGCCUACCGGCCCUGGCAGGUUGAGACAUCUCCGCCCGUCGGGCAUCCUGGGCAGGUGGGGUGCGCUCUCAGCCCCCUGCCCGCCACCAUGUCGGCUGCCAUUUUCGCAAUGGCGGCCACCUCGGCGGCUGCCUAUCAGUAUCUCGGCCAGCACUACAAGCACUACAGCCAGUCUUUCAGCUUCUAUGCCGCCUCCAGUGUCAUCCUGAUGCUCUGCUACCUGACCAGCACAUCCACGGCCGCUGCCACCCAGUCGGAGACGGGUGCCCUCGACAAGCAUCCCAUUCAUGGCAUCGAUUGGUCGAAAUUCGACGAGUCCAGUUCGGAUAAAGAGAUAUUAGAUUUAUUGCUUGAGAAGAAGCGCUACGACAAACGAUUACUGCCGCCUGUAAAUGAUGAAGACUUUUGCUGUGGUUUACAAUCGCCGGAUAUGGCAACUAAUCAAAAUGCACGGAGGCCACACAAUCGCGGCACUUUGACGGUGAAUGUAAACGUGCUGCUCCUGAGCUUAGCAUCGCCCGAUGAAAGCAGUUUGAAAUACGAAGUGGAGUUUCUAUUGAAUCAACAAUGGAACGAUCCGCGACUGCAAUAUGGCAAUAAGUCUCAUUAUGACUUCUUAAAUGCUCUGCAUCAUCAUGAUAGCAUCUGGACGCCGGAUACGUAUUUCAUUAUGCAUGGCGAUUUCAAGGAUCCCAUCAUACCAAUGCAUUUUGCUUUAAGAAUAUUUCGGAACGGGACCAUUACGUACGCAAUGAGACGUCACCUGAUCUUAUCCUGCCAGGGAAGCCUACACAUAUUUCCAUUCGAUGAUCCCAAAUGCUCCUUCUCCAUGGAAAGCAUUUCCUACGAGGAGGCGCAAAUCAAAUACGUCUGGAAAAACGACGAGGAUACUCUGCGGAAAAGUCCAUCGUUGACCACACUGAACGCGUACUUGAUCAAAAAUCAAACAACGGCCUGUGAUCAGAAUAGCUGGAGAGGUAAUUACAGUUGCCUACAGGUCGAGUUGACAUUUACCCGUGAUCGUGCGUAUUAUUUUACAACCGUUUUCAUACCUGGCAUUAUAUUGGUCACCUCGUCGUUUAUCACAUUUUGGCUGGAAUGGAAUGCAGUCCCAGCCCGGGUUAUGAUCGGCGUGACAACAAUGCUGAAUUUCUUCACUACCUCGAAUGGUUUCCGGAGCACUCUGCCGGUUGUUUCCAAUCUGACGGCAAUGAAUGUAUGGGACGGAGUGUGUAUGUGCUUCAUCUACGCCUCGUUGCUGGAGUUCGUUUGCGUCAAUUAUGUGGGUCGUAAGCGCCCGCUGCACAACGUCGUUUACCGGCCGGGCGAGAAUCCCGUAACACAGCGUCUUCCAGCAGUACUAAGCAGGAUCGGAGUAAUUCUUGCAAGUCCUUUGGCAAUAAUCGAACGAGAAUUUCAUGCUGCUUUGUCCUCCGAAAAGGCAAGCGCCACGGCCACGCCGGCAAUGUCGGUGGGCGGGGUCACGCCCAUGUCAGGGGGUGCCACCCCGGCCACAUCGGUGGCCACACCCGGAACCCCAAGGACCGUCGAUGCGGAGGAGUUCUUCGGCGGAGGAAUGAGGUGGCAGGAGGCGCACGGCGGAAUCAUCGGAGCGGCGGUUCAGAAUUUACGAGCCCGUUCGAUAAAAAGGAAAGCAGCGCGGAGUCCGUCCACUUCCGUAUCCCCGAUGCCAAGUGGACGACCCACGGAGCACAUUUACGAGGAGCCCGGCACCGCCACCACUUCCAGUACGAAGGUGAAGUUCAAGGAUGAACUGAAGGAAGAGCAGGAGGCAUCAGCGCUGCGAAGAUCCGUGGCCACCAGUACCCCAGCUCUUGUGGUGCGAAUCGAGGCUGAGAGCGAUUUGGAGGCGGUACAAAAACCGGUACAGGAUAUGGAAAUGACGGAACGCCAAUUGCAAUUACCGUUGAAGCCGCCCCGCCGCAAAGCCUCACGCUCCAAUUCACCGGCCUCCGUUUACGGCGAGUGCACUGCCAUGGAAGAUGAGUCUGCGGAUAAUCCUGCCCAGGCAGUGGAAGCUACCGGCGAAAAGCGACGCGACGCCGGGGCACCUAACGAAAUUGUGGCAUGCACCACCUGCGGCGGCAGCAACAGUCCUUGCACCCACUCGGCAAACAAUGGCUGUGCGACGGAGAGCUGCUUCGUUCAAGUGCGGAAAAAGGAGCCACCACAUCCCAUUCGAGUGGCCAAGACGAUCGAUGUCAUCGCUAGAAUUACAUUUCCAACUGCUUAUGCCAUUUUUCUGAUAUUCUUCUUUGUACACUAUAAAGGAUUUUCGUAAAAUUAAGUAAAACCCAGAACUAAACUAAAAAUAAUGCAUAAACAUACGUAUAGAUAUUUGAAAAAAAAAACGCUAAAAAUUGCCGAAGCAAUGCCGGAAAAGCAGACUCAAAAGCUUCGUAAAGUAAAUUUGUAGAGAAACCAAUGCAAAAUGUCAUGAAAAACUCGUUUGCUAAGUUCUAUGGCCUUGCAAAGUCAUCUAAUUUUAAUGUAACAAAGGGAAACACAAAGUACAUCUAAUUAUUAAUUAACAAUUAUUUAAAUGGCAAACACAACAUGACAAAAACCAGUGAUAAAAAAAGUCAAAAUGAAAAAAUUAGUUUAAUCUGAUUUGUUAACGGGGAAAAAACCAAAAACCAAAGAAGAAAUGAAUAAGUUGUUAAUAAUUAAUAAUUACGAAAGUUAAAUUUAUGCAAAUGAGCAACAAAAAAAAUACGAAUGAAAAAUUUUCGACUGCCUUUUUUUAAAAAUAGUAGAGAAACAAAAAGCGAAAUGCGAAACUUUAAAAUUAAAUUUGCAAAUUUUUGCAUAUGCUCGAAAAUGCAUUAGUUAAUUAUACCAACCAAAGAAACACUGUCUAGCAAUUGUAAUAUAUAAUAUUUAAAAAAUUUAUUAAGCAAAGAAAUUUAUGCUGAAAGUACCAAAAUAAAUACACGAUCCAAAACGAUAAAAGACCUAGCCUAUAAUUACGAAAUAUGAAACGCAAACCAAACAGCUUUAAGGCUUUACCUAUUUGAGUAGUCGGAAUGAUAUAAACCUGUUUAUACACAUAUACAAAAGAUGUUAUAUAUUUACAAGAACUCUAGUCAAAUAUUUUGAAAUCGAAUUCAAUUUUGUUCUACUUACUAUUCAAUUCAAUAAGUUGAAAUGCCUCCGCAUAUGUCAAAGAAUAAACAAAAACACACCAUAUGUUAAUAAUCACAAACAUUUUUAUGUUAUUCUAUAUUGUAUAUACUAUUUAUUUAAAUGUUUAGUUAUCUUUAUGUUUAUUUUUUUAAAAUACAUGUUCAAUCAAUAAAGAAUAAUUCUUCUUGCAUCUGAAAAAAAAAAUCAUAGAAAUGGAACCGCCGCAAUUUAGAUACAAAAUAUGCUUUCCUAAAAUUCAGGUGAAAUGAAAAUUUAAAAAAGCCAUUAAACACUCAACUUAUAUCAUCCCCCAGAAAUAUUGUUUUAACCACAGCCUUUUUAAGUAGCAACAGGAAUUGCCUAAAAAAUUUUAUUAAAAUACAUAUCAAAACUCAAAAAAGAUACACAAAAUGAAAGCAAACUAAAAUAUUUACACUAAAAAAAAGUAUAUGACAUAAAACUUUAAAACUCUCAUAAGUAGCUAUGGAACAUAUGUAUGCCAACCCAACUAUAAACUCACAAAACUAACACCCAAGUAUUUUAGAUAAAAUGUAUGUUGGACGAGCUCUGCAAAGUUUGUUGGAGGAAUAAAAAAUUCAUAAACAACAAAUAAAAAACGAUAAAAAAAAUAAAGCACAACCUAAACUUCAACAAAUUUAAACCAAAACCAAAUUUAAACCUUGUGAUAAAUUAUAAACACAGACAAAAAAUACUAAAUAUAAAAGAAAAACCUUUGCAUACGAAAUUUUAUUGAAAUUAAUUCAGAGCAGGUUAUUGAGGGCCACCGUUACCAAUUGUUUAAAAAUUAUUGUCUAUAUAGAACACACAACGCGUAUACACACAGAAUGCUUUUUGCAAAAAUAUGUAAGUUUAUGAAUUUAGAAAUUGUAGAUUUUUUGGGAUAUGUAUUUUCUUUUCGCAAUGUUGCAAGCUCUUUGCAGUUACUUCUCGUUUAACCAAAAAGUGCAUAGCUAAACAAAAACUAAACGAAAAGAAAAAACCAAAGACAAGGACAAUCUUUUUGCAAUUUACCAAAACAAAAAUAAAAUAAAUAAAAACAAGCAUCGUAAUCUGAUGACAAAACGAAAAUGUUAAUUAAAAUUUUGAAACGCAAUGCCGAAGAACUCUGAAUCCUUUUUGUAAAAUUAGCUGCUUAAAAACAUAGACCACAGAACUAAAGUCAAUAUUCAUCACGUCCAAGAAAACUACUUUCGUUGCAAGGAAUAGAGAGACAAGGGCUAAAAAAUAAGUAUGUGAGGUUCUGAAUUGCUGAAUGUGUGGCCAAUAUAAGGAAUGUACAAAAUACACUUUUAAAGAUGAUAAUGGACCCUUAGAAACUAUAUUCAAUUCAUUUUCAAUUAGCUGAUCCAGCUAAAUCUGUUAAAUGUUACGUGUUUACCAAUCAAUUUGGAAUGGUGGAAUGGUGCCUUUUUUCGAAGAAUUAAUGUCUUAUUAAUUGCUUAGAUGGUUUCAAGCGAAACAUAGUUUGAUUUGCUCCCUAUCGGGGAGCCCCACCUUAGUGCCCUACUACGAUUUCAGUUCGGGAUUGUUUUCCAACUCCUCACGAGCUAAUCUGCUGAUAAAGCAAAGUAGAAGCUAAAAAAAGACCAGUAAUAUGAUAAUAUACUUAAAUAGAUCUAUAAAAAAAAAACAACCAUAUGCCAUGAAAGUCGACAUUUAAUAAACAAAAGCAUUAAUGAAAUUAGCAAACUAAACAGAGAGCAAACUAAAUGAAAUUUAAAAUGUAACUAAAUGUGUUAGUUGACACAGAACACUUUUUAAAAUCUCAAUACCCGAAAAGCUUUAUAAUUUUUAAUUGUUAAGAACCAAUUGUAAAUAAUAGUGAAUCAACAUUGUUAGUAGUUCAUUCGUUUUAUCUAAUUAAACUCGAUAAUAAUUUCCUUAUGAAUAAUAUUUGCAAAAUCUAGGCAGGUCAAAAAACAAACUGUUAGCUAAACAUUUGUUAUAAAAUCAUAAACGAAAACGUUUGAAAAAAAAAAGCAAACAAUUGGUACAAGUUGAGUUGUCCAAUUUAUUUAACUUACAAGUAGAUUUCUUAAAGAUCAAUUAAAUAACAAAGUCCCCCACAAUGCUAACGAAAUAACAUUUAUAAUAACAACUUUUUUUAUAAUGCACAACCUUGAGCAUAAUAAAAACCAAUUUAUUAACAUUGCAUUCCAAAAUGAACAUCAUGUAAAUACACCGACUACAUAAACCGAGUCAUUAAAUUAGUUAUAAACAGAAUAUAUUAAAAAUAAAAACAAAACGAAAAAGAAAUUUAAAAGAAACAAAACGAACAAAACCAGAAAACUAACAAACAAAGCAGCUUCGCAUUAAUAAAGAUCGUCUCAAACAGAAAACGAAAAAUGAUUAUUAAAUAAAUUUGAAAA